CUGAAAAUGGGUUUUCUUCAUAUGUAGAGUAUUUACGAAUUAUACAAGCACGGGGAGUGGGAUUGCUGCUUCCAUUUACUAUUCUUUUCCCCUUUUCUGAACUCCGAAUUUGUUGCUUUUUCUUUCGUGUUCUUCUGAAUUCAAUGUUUGUUUGCAGCCAGGGGAAGGAGAAACGAUGUGGGUUGCAGGAGGAUCAGUAAUUGGGCUGAUGAAUGUUGCAGGCCAUGCCACCCCGACCAAGGAAUUGCGUUGGCUCUCGGCUGUUUUUGCUGGGAUUUUGAUGUGCAAAGUUGUUUAUGACCUAACAGGAGUAAUUAGCUCUUUGCUCUUCAAGGGAUAUAACAAGCUUAACAAUAAAGCAAAGCUCGAAUGGAACAACAGGGGAUUCUCCACUUUCCAUGCCAUUGUUGUGGCUGCUGGCUCUUUGUAUCUCUUGCUUGUUUCGGAUCUUUUUGCUGAGGGUAAAGAUGGGUUGAUAGUCCACAGAUCCUCACCUUUAUCAGACACUGUAUUAGGGGUCUCAAUUGGUUACUUUCUGUCAGACCUGUCAAUGAUUUUUUAUCACUACCCUACUUUAGGUGGGAUGGAGUAUGUCGUACAUCAUGGACUAUCCAUGUAUUGUAUCAUUUUGUCCCUCUUGAGUGGUGAAGCACAAAUGUAUAUACUUAUGGUUCUCUUUACUGAAGUCACAACACCGUUUGUUAAUCAAAGAUGGUAUCUUGAUACUGCUGGCAUGAAGAACUCCAAAAUGUAUAUCUACAAUGGCGUGGCAUUGUUCUUUGGGUGGUUGGUCAAGCAAAUCUUCCCGUUAGGUUUUUACAGCUUGCUUACGGUACCACCUGUUAUAUCACUUAUGAACGUGUUUUGGUUCUGGAAAAUUACAAGAGGCAUGGUAAAAACGUUGAGAAAGGCUAGACACAGCCAGUGAAGAGGAAUGGAUAAUACUAUAAGCAUGCUUAUACGUCAUCUUAAAUUGGCCAUAGUGAAAAACCAUAGCUUCUCGAGUUUACACGCCUGGCAACUGUAAAUUCAAUAUUCCCGCAUUUCGAAUUUUUAAUUCUACAGGCCGACGAGCAUAUUGUCUGCAGAUCAAUGUAAAAUCUAUACUUUUGUUUGUCGAGACUGUACAGGGAAAUGGAUUGAUGCAAACAUGUUUGCUGAGAUUGUGGGAUUGUGAAUCUUACUGGGAGCUUUGGCAUUUGCUUGUUCAUUUCGUGAAGGCGAAAUUGCAUAUACAGGCACCACCUUUAAGACUUUUGCAGUUUAAUCACCACAUUCUGCUAUUUGCGUUUUGCUGAUCCAAAACAUAAAUUUAACUUCCGUUAGAUUGGAGCUGACUUGGCAUAGACGGAAUGUCUACGUGGCUCACUUGGCACAGACGGAAAGUCUAUGGAAUUUUAGUUUAUGAUUCGACCUGAAAUGUGGUGAUUUAAGUGCAAUUAG